GGGUAAGGGAUACGAUCAUCCGAGUGUGGUUUCCCUUUCUUUUUAAAAUUUUUACAAGUCAAAAUUCCCAAAGGCCGCCAAUGGAGAUCAAGAUGGGAUGAUGAUACUGUACUUCUGAUAGAGAGAUGAGUCCUGCUUUACGAUUUCUACAGCGGAUGAGGGCCAUAACCUCACCAUGUUCACUUCUUUCUCAUUCAAGAAUUCCAUUGCAGUUUAUGGAAAAUUUGAACCGUCUAGGGCAUGGAUGAAGGGCGUUGAACCUGCGCUAUAUAAUCGUGCGUCGAUAUCUCACUGGAAGUUAUAUAUACUAAAGAAUUAUGUUCAGGAUUUCUGUAAAUCAGGACGGAAAUUCCCUAUGGGGACUAUAUUUGGUGCAUCAAUUGUAUAUGGAUCAGUCACCCUUUGGCCACGCAUUUCCUAUGCUAUGGACGGUUUUGAUGUCUUAGUGUAUGAUCAUGAUGCUGAUCUGUUGGGUGUGUCAGACAGAGAAGAAGAUCCACAUGCGAUGUUGGCAUUUUCAAGGAAAAUGUGGCUGCCCGUUUUUCUCUUCUUAACUGUGCUGCUGAACUGGAAUCAUCCUGUUGUCCUUGCAGCUAAAGUUUUUUUUUUCCUUCUAAGCACCAAGCCCAGACCUUUCUCAGUUUACCUAUUUGUUGAAAAGUUACGCCGUCGAUCUAUGAGCCAACAGCCUCUCUUCUACAAAUUUAAUUCAUUAUAUGCCAGCAAAGUUGAAGUUGAAGACUAUGCAUUUCUCUGCCUGGCUAGAGUUGAAUUAAAAGGUCAGAAGUUCACUUUGAUUGGAAUUCUGGGUAGCUGGUGGGUUUUGCCAUUGUCACCAUCGGAGGGAGAAUUUUCUGUAUUUGGAAACAUCAAUCUCAAGAAUUAUUCCAGAUUAUGAGAUAACUAGGAAAAAUAGCUACUAUUUCAAAUUCAUGGUUGUUAACUGGACUACUCUCUUUAGAGUUUCUUUCCAGUUCUGUUUUUCAUUAUUCAGGGGAUAUAUAUUUUCUUUCUUUUUGGGGACUUAAUGACAGAAAAUGUGAAUUGAAUACCACUCUGUACAAAAGAAGAAUUUUUUUCAGCUA